AUGGACCUCCACAACCUCAUACGGGGUGCGUUGCCAACACUCGUCACCAACACCACCAACAGCAGCAGCAACGGUAGUUCCGCCGAACACGGCCUUCCGCAUGGCAUUCUCGAGAGUCUCACGCCCCUCCUGGGUGCCGCUCAGUUCAACCCGCUGGUGAAGCUAUUCGUGGUUCUCAACAGUAUAGUAGGAAGCCGGUUCGGGUUGGAUCCGGCGCUUCUUCUGUCAGCCAUCGGCCUCAUCUGGGCUUUGAACAAGCUUUGUCGGCAGCUUUAUUCUGCGUUUCAGGGGCUGGUGUCAAAGUAUCUGACUGCUCACAUUCAAAUCAGCAGCACCGAUGAUAUCUACCUCCAUAUGAUGAAAUGGCUGGCAUCGCAGCCCAGCAUGGUCAACUCGCGUUCUCUCACCGCAGAGACCGUGUCAAAAGGCGCGUGGGACGAGGACGAAGAGUUGGAACUAUUGGCCAAGCGACAGGCCUCAGACACGUCUAGCUCCUACCUGAAUUUCUCAAAUCAGGAGGCCAAAGCCGCGCCUCGGUUCACCCCGGCCCUUGGGAUGCACAACUUCUGGUUCAGGGGCCGGUAUUUUGGCCUGCAUAGAAAACAGGAGUCGCUAUUCGAGGAGACUUACGCCUCUGGCAUGCCAAGUUUCAAGGACAAGGAGACAAUAAUCCUCACCUGCUUCGGCCGGUCCCCGGAUCCGAUCAAGCAGCUCCUGCAGCAUGCCAAGGAGCAGUACUACAUCGGUCACCAGGCCAAGACUACCAUCAAGCGCCCAGCUGCCCAAGCCAUGCGCCGUUACGGGAACCGGCACACCUGGCAACAGGUUGCGGUUCGCCCGGUCCGUCCCAUGAGGACGGUAGUCCUCGACGAACAGCAGAAGAACAUGAUUCUUUCCGAUGUGAACGAAUACCUCCACCCCGCUACCCCCCGUUGGUAUGCCAACCGAGGUAUCCCUCUUCGACGUGGUUAUCUUUUCCAUGGCCCGCCGGGCACAGGCAAGACGUCGCUGUCUUUUGCACUUGCCGGCGUGUUUGGCCUCGACAUAUAUGUCAUCUCUCUGUUGGACCCUUCCUUGACUGAGGAGGACUUGUCCGCCCUUUUCAUCACUCUCCCGCGUCGUUGCGUUGUCCUACUUGAGGACAUCGACAGUGCAGGGCUAACUCGCCCGUCUGGUAGCGAUGCCUCUGACGUUGGUCGCAAGACCGCCAACGGGCAGGACGGAACCGGCAAGGAAACAGGCACAGCCGGCCACACAAGUAAAGAAGAUUGGAAAGUCUCAGACCUGGCUCGCGAAUUAAAGAAACAAAGCGGCUCGGACGAGAAAAAGGCAAUCUCCCUAUCGGGUCUGCUCAACGCGAUUGACGGGGUCGCCUCCCACGAAGGACGGGUUCUUAUCAUGACGACUAACAGGCCCGAGACGUUAGAUGAGGCACUGAUCCGCCCCGGCCGAGUCGACCUGCAAGUCGCCUUUACAAACGCGACCCAAGAUCAAGCGCGGGAACUGUUCAUGAGGAUGUAUGAACCCGACAGCAACUUAACCGACCCCGGCGAAGAUGGCCCUCGUUCUCCUUGCCAACUCCCGCCGCUCACCCCAUUCUCCGAGCCGCCACCCACCCCCUUCUCGCCAUCCUCUUUUACCGACAUCUCGUCCAGCAUGGGGGUUGAAGCCGAAGCCGAAAACGAACCCCCUAGUAAUACUGCUCCUUCUGCUGCUUCGUCCUUGGCAGCAGUAGCAUCCUCGAACAGCAACAACAAGCCAGCUCCCCUGAACCUCAAUAGCCACAGCCACAGCUCAACCGCCAAGUUAGAUCCUCCCAAUAGCAGUACUUCUAGUAUUGACAAUGGCGCUAUUGUUACUAGCAGUGAAGAGACGAUCGACCAACUCCAGCCGGGGGAACUGGCUCGCAUAGCGAGCGCGUUUGCGGCAAAGAUCCCGAGCGGGCAGUUCUCUCCUGCUGAGCUGCAGGGGUUUCUGUUGAAGAGGAAGAAGACGCCCCGAAGGGCGCUGGCCGAGGUGGACGCCUGGGUCGAGGCACUGCAGCAGCAGAAGGCCAACAAGACCAAGGUGCUGCAAGUGCAGUGA